AUGCAAGGCAACACCCAGGAUGACUUGAACCCUGACCCAGAGAUGCAGGCUGGCAGUUCACAUCACCCCCACUCCCUGCACUUUAAUCUGGAUGACAAUGAUGAUGAUGAUGAAAGAGUAGUGGAACAAAAUGAGAAUGCUGGCAAGGUUAUAAGGGUGGAUCUGGAUGCUCAUAAUAAAUGGAGGGAGAGUUUUCACCAGUUCCAUCAAGAUAACAAUGAAAUGGACGUUGAUCUUCCAGAUAAUAGAUGGGCUCCAUUUUCCACAGAAUUAGACUGGAAAUUUGCACAUUGGGCAUUGCAGGAGGGGAUUGGCCAAAAAUCUCUUGACAGAUUACUGGCAAUUCCUGAAGCUCUUCUACCUCAGGGAGCAUCUGUUGCUCCUGUUAUAAUAGCGACAGACAAAACUCAGUUGACUCAGUUCUCAGGCGACAAGUCUGCAUAUCCGGUGUAUCUUACACUAGGCAAUAUACCCAGCUCUAUUAGGCGCAAACCCUCUCAGCACGCUUGUGUACUUAUUGGAUAUCUGUCUGUCAAUAAAAUGGUGAAAAAAGGCUUAACAACAAAGGAGAAGACAGCACGUGUUCAAAGACUUUUCCAUGCCUCAGUACGGAUGAUUUUGGAGCCACUUAUUGAGGCUGGACAUAAAGGAAUGGAGGUUACAGCAAUGUCUGGUGACUUGCUCAAAGUAUGGAACAUGUCCCAAGUGCAGGUGUCCAGCAACAGACCUUGA